UCCAAAAUGAUGAUGCAGUUUUACAAGGAAAAAAUACUGUCACCUGGACAACUGAAGCGCUUGUCAGAGCAUAAAUACAGCUGCUCGAGUGCUAGCUUGUUGGACAGUUAUCUCCAACCCUGGUGGGACUGGUUGGUUAGCAAAGUGCCCCUUUGGCUGGCUCCCAAUCUUAUAACAAUUGUAGGACUUGUUAUUAAUAUUGCUACGACGUUGAUUCUUGUUUAUUAUAGUCCUGACGCCAAGGCUGAGCCACCAAGAUGGGCUUGCUUCUUGUGCGCUCUAGGUUUAUUUAUUUACCAAAGCUUGGACUCUAUAGACGGAAAACAGGCCAGGAGGACUGGAUCUUCUUCGCCGCUUGGAGAAUUGUUUGAUCAUGGAUGUGAUUCUGUAUCUACUGGUUCACUGAAGUUUGGAAAAAUAGAUGUUACAGAAGCUCAGUUUACCAUAAUCUCAAUUCACCUGACGUCUGCGAUAUUUGGCCCAGAAAUUUGGAUGACUGAGGUUAUUCCCUACUUAAAUGGCUUGCAAUUAAAGUAUUUAAUUGGUGGUGUAACAACCAUCUGUGCGUUAUCGAGUUUUAAUUCGAUGUUUACCGUUAUUUUUACUGGCGGAGUUGGAAAAAACGGGUCGACUGUUGCUAUCCUUGGAAUGACUUCAAUGUCUCAAUUGAUAUCCGGAAUUUUUUAUUGCGGAUUUUUUUUAGUCUUCAUAGACUUUGUAAAAUCAUUUUCGUCCGGUGGGAUCGGCAAAAAUGGUUCGACAAUAGCAUUGCCACUGAUUGGCACAGAGCUCAAGGUAGUUUCGUUAUGGUGCACUGUGGGAAUAGCUAUUUUACUUGCACAAAGCAGUUUAUCUGUUAUUCUGGGUGGUGGUGUUGGAAAAAAUGGUUCAACCGUCGCCGGAACAUCGGUCCUGUCGCCGAUCAUACCCUUCAGCCUCGUCGUCGUGCCGGCGUAUAUUAUUUAUCGGAAAAGCGCGGAUCAAGUUUAUCAAAAUCAUCCAGCGCUCUAUAUUUUGUCCUUUGGAAUGGUAGCUGCUAAAGUUACUAAUCGAUUGGUCGUAGCGCAUAUGACGAAAAAUGAAAUGGAAUAUCUUGAUACUGCGUUGAUUGGACCGUGUAUGCUGUUCCUUAAUCAAUAUUUCAAUUUUUACUUUGAUGAGUACUAUGUUCUUUGGUUGUGCUUUAUCUGGGUUGCAUUUGAUUUUUUGAAAUACAGCUCUCAAGUUUGUUUAGAAAUUUGUAAUCACCUAAAAAUUAUGCUAUUCAGAAUUCCAUACUCGAAUAAUGACUCAGAUAAAAAUGGUACUAAUAGGUUGCAACGGACGAAAUCAACGAAGAAACAUCACUGA